CUGCAUUUCAACCCGACAUGGACUUCCUCCUCGUAACAUCUUCUGUUCAGACUGCCUCACGUGUUUGAAUUAUGAUGCAGCGUACUCCGCCGGUUCCUGUGUCAUCUACCAGCCCACAAUCGCACCAUGAGCCUUGAUCCGAGCUCGUUCCCAAGGUCCAACUCCCCCGCAAGCUCCGAUAGCUCGCUGACGCGCUCCCGGCUACGGGGGAAAGAAGGCUCCUUGAAGAAAGACAAGAACUACCGCCGAUAUGCCUCCAGCGUCGAACGUGCCCUGUCUCUGUUUGAUACCACUUUGCAAGAAUGGGCGGACUACAUCUCGUUUCUGAGCAGGCUUCUUAAGGCGCUCCAGUCUCACCCGCCUGAACUCCCUAUCGUUCCUCACAAGGUCGUCGUCUCCAAGCGGCUAUCGCAAUCUAUGAACCCAUCUUUACCCGCCGGAGUACAUCAGAAGGCGCUAGAGGUCUACACCUACAUCUUCAACUUGAUUAGGCCAGAAGGUCUAUCUCACGACCUUCCUUUAUACUUUCCGGGCAUUGCUCCUACCCUGACGUUUGCUUCCCUUACCGUGCGCCCGCUAUUUCUGUCCUUGGUGGAAACGUAUGUGUGCGCUCUAGAACCAUGGGCAAUCCGACCAGCCCUGAAGGCGAUCAUUCUGUCAUUGCUACCGGGGCUUGAGGAAGAGACGAGUGACGACUUCGAACCCACUCUUCGUCUUAUCAACGGCCUUCGUGAGAUUGCUAGUCGAAUGGACACACACCGAGCCGGGACAGAAGCGAACUCAGCUGGUCAAUACUUCUGGCAAUGCUUCUUCCUUGCGUCUAUUACUAGCCCUAGUCGGCGCUCAGGCGUACUAGCUUAUUUGAACCGCUAUCUUCCCAAGCUGGGUGUCACGGACCGCAGGCCCAGUAGACAUGAUGAGGCAGACGCAGCCAAAAUACCCCAAGAUAUGCUGGUGGCAGCUGACUCUGUCAUUCUUCCAGAGCCUGGCUUACUCAUUCGGUGCUUUGCGACAGGUCUAGCCGAUGAACAAGUACUGGUCCAGCGCAACUUCCUCGAUCUACUGGUAACCCACCUCCCUCUGAGUUCGCCUAUCCUGCAGUCGCGUAUCACGGAAGACGAUCUUCAACAGCUCAUUAUCGCGGCGGUUGGUGUGGUCUCUCGCCGAGACAUGAGUCUAAACCGCAGACUAUGGGCUUGGCUUCUGGGCCCUGAACCUCCUGGAGAUCGGACCUCAUUCGAAGCACGGCCGUCAACGUCCGGAAGCACAUCUAAAUCGAUCAUUGAAAGCGAAGAGCUCUCUCAAUCUCAGUACUUCAGUCGAUUCGGUCUGACGCCAUUGGUGAAAGGGCUUCUUCGAAUGCUCGGGAAGGAGACCAGUGCCCCCAAUGAGAAAGCGCGGCCCUUCCGUAUAACCCUUUCGCUCAUGGAUCGAUGGGAAGUCGGUGGCCACGUUGUGCCAGCGGUCUUUCUACCUUUCAUCCGAAGUGUUCGAGCCUACGGACAGACAGCACCCAAACAUCAUUUUGAAGAGGUGUUUCGCAGCGCUACAUCGUUCUUUGAUGGGGUGGAAAGUGGUAUGAUUUUCUCCGAGCUCCUCAAUCUUGUGGACUGGGACACCAAUGAGCUUAGAGGUGAUAUGAAGCGUGUACUGGACAACCUAAACCUCGCUCAUUUUAUUCUAGACCACUUCAAUGUCCGAGAAGAGGACAUGGUCUUGAAUCAUGCGCCACUGCUCACCCUAUCUACUCUGAUCAAAAUGAGCGAGUUAUCCUCGGAUACUCUGUCAUCGGUGGACCCCGAGCAGUUACAGAAUCUGUCCAAUGGGCUGACAAAGGUGAUGGGUUCCUUGACCAUGUUACUCACAGAGCGUGCUUUCCUCCGAAAACCGGAUUCUAGGAAUGCGUCGAACGGUCCACCACCACUCGAAGUUAAUGGCUCUGCCGCUUUGAUCCAUGAAUUCUACGACAAAAGCAGAAACAGCCUUGACCCGCAGCCAUUUCCCUUUAUUCCUAGGGACCUGGCGGAGUUAAUCAUAAAAAAGGUUUACGAACUGACUAUAUCUGCUCUCGAUGGUAGUGAUAAUACUGCGUCGCUAUCGGAAAGACUGAGUCUUCUGAUAGUGAUACUGAAAAAGCUCCCUAGAUCGCGUGUCUUGCGGGACAAGAGACUCUAUCUAGCUAUCAAUGAUCGCGUUCAACUUGCCAAUGCCGAAUCAUCCACAGCGUCAUUUUCACUAAUCUCCUCGAUCUCGUCGACUAUCACAAAUUUAUACUACAUCCAGAAACUCGGAUAUUACAUUAGCUAUGAGGAUGUCUCGGAUUUGAUCCCACUUCUAGUCAGACAGCUCUGGCAGUACCUUUCUCCAAUGAGCCCAAAGUUUCAUGUUGAAGCAGUCCGCUGCUUAUGGAAUCUGCACUCAAUUUCGUGGCCUGACCACCUAGUUGAAUCUUCAAUUACCUCCUUGAUGUUUAGUACUUCAGCUUCAGAUUCCUAUCAGCUGUCUUCUGGAGAUCAAGCUGGUAAAUAUUUUGUGCUUUGGAGUCAUAGCCACCAUGGAACAUACGAGCUCCCUCCGAAGCACUUGCACGAUUCCACGCAGUCUCAGGUUUCUUACCACUCCUCGAUGCUUGAGCGACCGCUUUUCAUUGUCUUGGAUUUGCUGUCUCAAGGAUCAUCCCAAGCUGCCCAGGUCGUCCAAACAUGGCUUCAGGAUUUGCCAUCGGUAGCCAAGGUUUUUCGUAUACUGAUUUCGAAGCUCGAGAGUGUCCUACAUCGAGGAAAUCAACUUGGAACAUUUGAAGGAAACACCGUCGUAUCUCCUGAUGACCACUCCGAGUGCAAUUAUCUCCUGGAGACGAUUCAUAAUACGAUGGAUGCUCUCAGCCAUAACGGAUGGAUAGUGCUUCUCACCCAGACAAUGGCACAAAAUAACAGGCGUGUUUCUGUUUCCGAAGCAGACAACACCGAUGCACCGAGUCUUCACUCCGUUAUAUUUCAAGCUUCUCUGAAAGUAGUGAGUGGAUACACCUCAGAUACCAAGAUGGCAAGCCCGGAGGAAGUCAAGUUGCAGCAAAUAUCGCUUGUAAUCAUGCGCCAGCUCCUGCUAGGACCAGGAGCUGAAGAACUUGUUGAAUCUGGAAUCGACGCACUCCUUGUUGAUCGACUCCUGCUCACAUUAAACGAGGGUGGAGAUGUUGCAAUUCAAGCGGCCCUUAUUGACACGCUUCAAGCUGUCCUGAAAGUACGGUUUGCUCAAGCCUAUUCGCCACUACCCGCUCCCAAGCCAAAGCAUCAAAGGACAAGUUCGCGCGAAAAGUUAACCAGUCCGUCGAUUCUAUCCUUCACAAGUGACAAACCGGAGAAGUCGCCACUACUACCCCCAGCACCCCAACCCCCUCAGCGUCUUUUAGAUUGCCUGCUCAAAGGAAUCAGUUCAUCGAACUCGAGAAAGAUCAUUGAUAAGUGGACAACGCUUUUAUGUGAAGUACUCCCACUAUACUCCAGCUCCAUCUUUCAGAUUCUCCUGAAAUUAGUGGACUGUUUGAGCAAGGAUAUUAAGCAAUCUUACGCAAGUCUUCAGUCCUCAUUCAAAGACACUGAGAGUUGGCCCCAGGACGGCGCGGAGCAUACCACUAUAUCCUUACUUACCGGCUUUGAGACUUGCAUUGCAGCCGCCCAUGAACGACUUCUCACAGAAGAAGCCAACAUACCAGCAGCCAAGAGCCCAGAUCAAACUCACGGCUUCUUUGGAAAUAUGGUGUCAGGAGUGUUCAACUCUGAUGCCGGUCAUCCCCGCUCCAGUGCGAUGAAUAACAGACUUACCGUCCUUCUAUCAUUCCAAGACGCUGUGCGUCUUUGCUUCUCGAUUUGGUCGUGGGGAGCUGAAGGAAAAGCCAGCCUUCCUCAAGACGCGGAAUGUAUCGCUUCGUUUCAGUAUACGUCAUUGCGGAUGCGGAAUAGGUCUCGCCGCAUCUUAGAGCACCUAUUCACUGCUGAGGCAUUGGAAUGUCUUGAAACGAUGGUAGAUAUGUGGAUAAAGUCAGAUGGUGAGACUUCGCCUUUGAUCUUUAGUCUGCUUCACACUCUGGAUGGCUCUCGACCGAAAAUAGCAAUUCCAGCUAUAUUCAAUGCUAUUUAUACACGAACGAAUCCUGCCGCCCUUGACCCCAGCCGCAAGUCAACAUUGACGACUAGUCUGAACGAGGCUGAGUUGGCCGGGUUCCUGGUUACAUAUGCCAAAUCACUCGAUGAUGACGUGCUUGACGAAAUAUGGGCUGACUGCACAACUUUCUUGCGCGAUGUGCUAAGCAACCCUUUCCCGCACAGACAGAUUCUGCCACGAUUAGUUGAGUUCGCUGCAAUUCUGGGAGCAAAGUUGGAAAACACAAACUUUGGUGAAGAUCGGAGGAUGCGAAAGGAACUGGGGGAUGUCCUUCUCCGUCUUCUUACCGCUAUCUUUACCAGCAAGCCCUUAGGUCUUUCACAAGAACAAGGACUUUUAGGCCGGGCUUCGUUGGAUUACGAUAAUUCAUCUGUGCCGCACACUGGGCCCGAUGAUAUGUUGAGUAUUCUUGCUGCUUCCAUGCCUGCGUUCUCAACAACCCUGGGGGACUCGGACCGUAUCACCACUGCGGUGUCUGGCAUAUCAACCAAUGUGGUGGGGCCACUCAUUCGUUCUCGUCUCUUUCCCAAUAAUCUCAACCAAAGUUUUAUGGCUUUGGUGCAACAUGUCGCUAAGAUCCCGCAGGCUGCCAAGGUUUGGAAGAAGGAUAUUGCGGAAGCUUUCCAUGAUCCCAGAUUUUUCGGCUCUCACAUCGAUCUAGUAAAGGGCGGCUGGAUGAACCUUCUACGGCAAUGGGUUCUUGCUGACAAGGACCGACUGUCUGAGCUCUUGUCUCGCCUUACACCACCAACGACAGCUGGUAUCAUGUUCGGUGUUGGAGCUUCCGCGGCUCGUUUGGAGGCUGACCGAAAGGCCCAAUUAAAUCUUCGCCGGAUCAGUCUCGUGAUUCUCUCAGCGAGCAACGACUACUUCGUCGCGGAAAUGCCUGCCUUACUCCAAAAAUUGGAAGACCUUCUGGGAGCUACUGCCGCAUCCUCGCCCUCUUCAACCACCAGAGCUGAGAUAUUUAUGGUCCUUCGAGCGCUUACUCUCAAGAGCACAGCCACGACGCUCAGCCAAUUCUGGCCGCUCAUCAACAGCGAGCUUCAGGAAGCCAUUUCAGCGAUAUCGUCAGGAAACCAGCAAGAACUCUACAACCCGCACUCUUUACUCCAAGGCUGCAAGCUCCUUGAUACACUGCUCGUACUGGCGCCUGAUGACUUCCAACUCCUCGAAUGGCUAUACGUUACCGAUACUAUCGAUGCUGUCUACCCACCAGAGCAAUUCGAAUCGACGGCGCUUGCAGACGAAGUUUCACACAACCUCGGGGUUCGGUGGUCCACUUCGUCUGAUGGGCCGAGAAGAGAAUCGACGGACCUUCACCGUGGGGUAAGGUACCCAGGUUUAAAUUCGGACUGGAUACGCGAGACUGCUAAGGACGAGAUUGUCGAUCGGGUACUUCGACCAUUCUUUGACCAACUCAGUAUUCAUGCGUUCGAGAGCACGUACAGCAUCAGCAGCCCGAAUCUGGAUGCUUGCCAUGAUGAUCUGCUGGCAGAUUUGUUCAACGAAAGUACGAUGGCUAAUUAGGCUGGAUGAAUAAGUCGGGUGCCAUAGAUGUACUAUAAUAAAAAAUAAAGAUCAUUUCAUC